AUAUUUAUUAUAAUAACUCACAAAAAGUUAAGGAUAUUGAAUUAUUGUUGACAGAACGACUUGAAAAGAGAUUAGGUGAUUUUAAAGAUGACAAAAAAGCAUUUGAAUUUUAUUCGCAUCUUUAUAUAAAUAUUCCAAAAUACAAAAGCUUUGAAAAUGAAGCUUUAAGAUAUGAUAGAAGAUAA